AUGGCUACUUGGGAACAUGAACUCCGUGAAAUGUUCUCUCUCCACGAUAAGGAUAUGAGUGGAUUCAUCAGCAAGGAUGAUGUUAUCUGCAUGCUUCUCGGAGCUGAGAAAGAUGACAAGAAGGAUCCAGUGUUCAAGACCAAUCUCAAGUUCUUGAUCCAGGUUAUCAAGGAGGCUGAUAAGGAUGGAGACUCCAAGAUUACGUUCGAUGAGUUCAAGGAGUACAUCAACAAGGUCACUUCCUAA